AUGAAAAACAGGACCAUAUUCACUGAGUUUAUUCUGUUGGGCCUCACAAAUGAACCUGAAGUCCAGGUCAUGAUAUUCAUCUUUAUGUUUCUCACAUACAUGUUAAGUGUCCUAGGAAAUCUGACCAUCAUCAUACUCACACUGGUAGAUCCCCACCUCCAGACCCCCAUGUAUUUCUUCCUCCGGAAUUUCUCCUUCCUAGAAAUUUUCUUCACUUCCAUUUUCAUUCCCAGAUUUCUGACCAGCGUGACAACAGGAGAUAAAGCCAUCAGCUUUGCUGGAUGCUUGAUUCAAUAUUUUUUUGCAAUAUUCCUUGGGGCAACAGAGUUUUACCUCUUGGCCUCUAUGUCCUAUGAUCGCUAUGUGGCCAUCUGCAAACCCUUACAUUACCUGACCCUGAUGAGCAGUAGAGUCUGCAUACAACUCGUGUUCUGCUCCUGGCUGGGGGGACUCCUGGCUAUCUUAGCACCAAUCUUCCUGAUGAGCCAGGUAGAUUUCUGUUCCUCCAAUGUGCUGAAUCACUAUUACUGCGACUACGGGCCCCUCCUGGAGCUUGCCUGCUCAGACACAAGCCUCUUAGAACUAGUAGUUAUCUUCUUGGCUGUUGUGACUCUGGUGGUAACGCUGGUACUGGUGACACUUUCUUAUAUACACAUAAUUAGGACCAUUCUGAGGAUUCCUUCUGCCCGGCAAAGGACAAAGGCUUUUUCCACUUGUUCCUCUCACUUGAUUGUCAUCUCCCUCUCCUAUGGCACCUGCAUGUUUAUGUACAUCAAUCCCUCUGCAAAAGAAGAAGGUGCUCUAAACAAAGUAAUAGCUGUGCUCAUUACUUCAGUUACUCCCUUGUUAAACCCCUUCAUUUACACUCUAAGAAAUCAGCAAGUGAAGAAGGCAUUCAAGGACACCAUAAAAAAGAUUGUGAAACUUUAA